AUGGCCGAGGUACUCCGAUUUUCCGUGUGGGAUUAUGUCGUGUUCGGCGUCAUGCUCGUGCUCUCGGCAGCAAUCGGCGUUUAUUCGGCAUUUACCGACGGACGACAACGAACCUCUGAAGAAAUAAUCCUGGGCAAUCGCAAGUUGAAUCCCAUCCCCGUGGGACUUUCGAUCAUGGCUACGCUUAUCUCUGCUGUAGCAAUCAUUGGGACACCAGGCGAGAUCUAUAGCUACAACACGAUGUUGAUGUGGGGCUUGGUAGCCUAUGUUCCUGCUUGCAUCCUCGUAGCGCUUCUAUUCCUACCGUUGUACUUUCGAAUUCAAAUUACCAGCGUUAACGAGUAUUUGGAGUUCCGAUUCAACAGAGCAUUGAGGGUUCUCGCCACCUGUAGCCUGUUAUUGUCAACCGGACUCUAUAUGGGAAUAGCUACCUAUGCCCCAGCUGUUGCGAUAAGUGCAGUUACUGGAAUGAGUUUGUGGGCAAGUAUAUUAACGACAGGAGCAGCAUGCACAUUCUAUACUUCGUUGGGUGGGAUAAAGGCAAUAAUUUGGACGGACACAAUGCAGUCGGUAAUCAUGAUUGCUGGCGUUGUUGCAGUGAUUGUCAAGGGAACUUUUGAUAUCGGUAGCAUUGAUGAAGUCUGGAGACGCGGGGUGGAAGGAAAGAGAAUACGAUUUCUCGAGCUUAACCCGGAUCCUACUAUUAUAUACUCUGUCUGGACUGUUCUGAUUGGAUUGUCAGUAGGUCAGGCGAGACUUGGUAUUACUCAGAUCAUGGCCCAGCGGUUGAUCUCCUGCGGUAACCGGACUAAAGCCGCUCAAGCACUCUUCAUAUCGACCAUUGGCUAUUGCGUCCUCAUGCUAUUGAUGGAGAUAUCAGGUGUAGUGAUGUACGCAUAUUACUACGGAUGUGACCCCCUUACUUCAGGCAGGGUUCAGUCUCAGGAUCAGAUAAUGCCCUUGAUGGUGAUGGAACUGUUUAGAGACAUGCCAGGGAUACCUGGAUUAUUCUUGUCAGCUGUGGCCGCCGGUUCACUAAGGUUUGUUCUGAGGAUUAGUUGA